CAAUUUCCACGAUUCUCUAUGCUUCCUGUUCACGGUAGAACCCGGAAUUGUCUCUCAAUAUAGAGAAAAUAGCGUUUGGUUUCGAUGUCCUUGCACUAGUUCCUAAAUCAUAGUGUAUUUUAAGAAGACAAAGUAACUGCAUCCCAGAUUAGCAUUUCUUUUGCUUUUGAAUGGAAGCGCUAGCUAAGCCGGUGAGCUCCGAGAAUGCACGGACAUGCCUGUGUGUUUUGUGCGGUUUGCCCGCUGCAGGCAAGUCGACGCUGGUCCAAGUUCUUUCUGAGUGCUUACGGAAGAGGGGCUGGGGAUGCUGCGUGCUCUGCUAUGAUGAUUUAAUCCCAGACGAAGCCUAUGAGUUGCGCCUAGCAGAGACUGACGAGCUGAGCCACGGGCAAACACACUGGAAGAUGAGCAGACGCGAGGUGCUUCAGCGUUUGGAGCAGCUACUAAAGCGCGACCACGCAUCUUCGCGUGCCCCCGAACCAAGCUUUGGAGAAAAAGACACGUGGACGCGCUUCCUGCGCGCCGCACACGAGGCAGCGGAGUCCAGCUCUCACCUACCUCAUGACCCCGCAACCCUAGUUAUUCUCCUGGAUGACAAUUUUUACUACCAAAGCAUGCGAUAUGAAGUUUAUCAGCUUGCCAGAAAACACUCUCUGGCCUUCUGUCAGCUGCAUGUGCACUGUCCCGUGAACUCAUGCCUGAGCAGGAACCGGGCGAGGAGCCGGCCGCUACCGGACGAGGUGGUGGCAGAGAUGGCGAAGCGUAUGGAGCCUCCCAACCCUGUCAGAAAUGGCUGGGAGCAGAGGAGCCUCACGCUCACUAGUGACCGUGCCUUUUCACCACAGGUCGUAGAGCUGUCCGUCGGUCUGAUUGCUGCUGCAAUGGACAACCCCCUGUGCCCAAUCCAGGAUGACGCAGAGCAGAAGGAGGCCGACCGGCUGGGCUGUGCAUCCAGUGUGGUUCACCAAGCAGACCAGGCCUGCCGUCGGUUGGUGUCCCAGGCCAUGCAGGGGGCCAGAGAACGUAAGGUUCCCCCAGAGAGCAUGAAGUCACUAGCCGCAGAACUAAACCAGCUGAAGACUCGAUUCCUGGAUGACCUACGCAAAGCGGCACUUUGUGGCCAUCCCACGAGUCCAGGUGGGAGCGAGGCGGCCACUGCCUUUGAGCGGGAGACAAGCGACUGCAUCAAACGAUACAGCAGAGAGAACACCGAGCUAUCAUGAUCCGCAUUUCCCAGCUGCGGUCAGAGGGUGGCGCCGUCUGUCAUAAGAUGUGGCACUAGAUCGGACUAUAAGUGUAUCUCCUCAAGGUUUCAGACCUUCAGUUAGCCUUGACCUAGAGUGAGAGCCGUGCCUGUGAAUUUGUGACGGCCAAACACGCCAUCGCUGGGUAAGAACACACACUGAGCCGCCGUUAGAAAGUUGUUUACUUAGAAUGUACAAAAAGCAGGGCAUUUAAAUUGUAAAUGACAUCUGUUAACAUUAUUUCUACACAAACCGUCUUUCCACGUGUACGUUACAACAAGCACAACACGAUUUUGCAGCAGGUUUAUCCCCUGACACAAACUCAUCACCCCAAAUCUUCCUCUAGGAACAGCAACUGCAUCCCAGAAUGAUGUUAUGCACACGCACACACACACAAUAGUUUCUAUAAUAAAACACUACCGACUGGUUUCUUGUGAGAUUACAGUCACAAAAGUGAUAUUUACUUCCAGGCACAAAAAAAAUAAAAGGCUUUUGAUGGAAAUACACUUUUCCACAUUACAAAUAAAGGUUUCUAUAUAA